UUCUUGUAGCCGAAUAGUCAAAGGCUGUCAUUGUUGUAUUACAACAGGUCCCUAACUAACGCAUGGCUGACAUUUAGUAUAUAGCUGUUCAUCAUGGGCUGCACCAGCAGCGCUCCAAACAUGGCAGACAUUCAUGCGAAUAGCACAGAUAAUGUGAAAAAAGAUAAGACUUUAGAAACAUCCCCUGAAACAAAAAUUGAUGAACUGACGCGUAACGUUGUUGAUAAUGAAAAAAAUAAAAUUGUGCUUCCUAUGUGUGAUAAUUUAGAAGAAAAUAUACAAUUAUCUAGAAAUAAUUCUUCCAUAAAUACAUCAGCCACCCAACAAGCGGAAAAUGUUGACCAUAUUAAGAACAUCGUAGAAAAGCAUGAGAAUCCUCAAUUUCAUGCAGAACUUACGAUUCCAAAUGAACUACCAGCUUUGAAAGAAGUUGUGAAUAAAGUUUUAUCGGAAAAUAUAUUUAAAAGUACAGAAAAUAUAUCAACACUUCCCGAAAACGAUAGCGGUAGGGAAGAAAAUGUCGUGAAAAUUCCUGAAAAAAAUAUCGAGCCACACGACAGCAGUGAGAUCAACGAGGACUUCAAAGAAAAUAAUGAACAAGAAGAAAUUUUUGAAGAAUCAGUAAGUCCUAGUCAGUCAGAAUGUAGUCGAGCGACAAGAUGGGAAGCACUCGCCGACAUAGCUGCAGAACUGCCGCCAUCACUCGCAGUCGAUCCAUUAACUGGACAAAUUUACUCGCUUGCUAAAUAA